UUUCCAAAAUGUCGGCCUUGCACGGUGGGAGCAGAUGAUCAUUGUCUUUUUCAAAACAUAAGGGUAUUACCAUUAAAUAGAAAUGGCAAACUAUCUUAUUGUUUGUGGAACAGAUGCAUCUUCCGGCCAUUGCAAAUGCCGUUAGAAGAAGCACUUCUACCUAAUCAAGCUGAUCUCAACUGGUCACUGGAUCCUGCGACACGAACGUACAUGCAAUAUGUAUGCGCAAAGUCACUUUUGCCGAUCUUUGAGAAAGCCCUUGAACAUUCACAAACCGAAGAAAUCGUCAUCCGACCUCGAGAGAUUCAAUUUCGACAUUAUUGCGACUUUUGUAGCACAGGUCUUUUUGUGUCUUCUUAUUUGUGUCGAAAGUGUGGCCAAGAAUACUGUCCUGCAUGCCAACUAAGAAUGCUUGAACAGCAAGGCGAACCUGCUUCUCACCAAAAAAAUGGAAUUUAUCGAUGUGCAAACGACAAAGUGGAUACAGAAAGAUAUUUUCAUAACGCGGAAGACAUGCUACCCGUGACAAGCUUCUCCGCUGAAGAGCUUGAGUCAGAGACAAAGGCAAUGCGAGAAAUCGUGCAAGCUCAUCACUCGAACGAUACUCUUCAAAACACUCCAAAAGAUCGCAGGACUAGUGCAAUGGAGCAAAUCAUGGAUAGUGAUCUGAGCGAUUUGAGCGAGUUAAGUGACAGAGAAUCAUCUCCUGCGAUCACCGAAGCAAUUUCAGAGCCUCAAUCGGGAACAUCGGCAGGAAUGAGUGAAGACUGCAGAGUACAAAGACUGCUGCAAUCGCACGCGGUAACACGAUUUGAGAAUGACGCUAUGAGCGAAGAACAAUUCUUGGAUGUUUGGCGUGAAGGAAUUCCAUUGGUCGUUGGUGGCAUUACUCCUCGCUUGACGUGGGAUCCAAACGCUUUCCAAGAACGUUAUGGUGAAAUGAUGUGUACUGUAGUCCGCAGCGAUGAAAUUGGACAUGGUGAGAUGGAGGACAACGAUCCGAGCGACUACUGCAAGAGAUUGACAGUACAUCAAUUCUUCGAAACGUUUUCAAUGGACGCAGACCAACGUCGAGAAUUCCUAGGUAGAGGCAAUUGGAAAUUGAAGGAUUGGCCACCCGCAGCCGAUUUGCGGACAUCAUUUCCUGACCUAUAUGAGGAUUUCAAUGACUUCGUACCAAUGCCAGAUCAUACACGUCGCGAUGGCUGUAAGAACUUGUCCAGUCUAUUUGCAAAGAAUGCAAACACACCAGAUUUGGGGCCAAAGAUGUACAAUGCUUGGCCAGGAGAUCAUAAAGCGGGAGGACAAGGUACGACUAAAUUGCACAUGGACAUUGCAGAUGCGGUCAAUGUACUUCUGUAUGCUUCUGAUGACCUCAGGAUUGUGGACGGGCAUGCAGCUGCUCAAUGGGACAUCUUUCGAGCUGAAGAUGCCGACAAAAUAAGGAAGUUUCUUCGACAACAUUUCAACACAAAUGAAGAGGAUCCAAUUCAUUCACAAAAGUUCUUCUUGGACGAUCAUCUAUUGCAAAAGCUAUAUGCAGAAAAGGGUGUUUAUAGUUGGAGAAUUUUACAACGUGCUGGAGAGGCUGUUUUUAUUCCUGCAGGAUGUGCUCAUCAAGUUUGCAAUUUGACAGAUUGCAUCAAAAUUGCCGUUGAUUUCCUUUCACCUUACAAUAUUGAAAGAUGUUUCAAGCUAACGGAAGAAUUCAGAAAGGUUGCUGGCGAAAAUGUCAAGAGCUGGAAAGAAGACGUAUUGCAACUACACUCCCAAUUAUGGUAUGCUUGGUGUACCUGCAAAAAACUUGCAGAGGAAGAGCCACCAAGU